AUGACAGAAACAGGUGUAGAUUCAUUUGCCAAUAACUCAGUGAUUGCUGAUGAUGAUGAACCAAUGAUUGUUGGUGAUGAUCAACGAGUUUAUAGUCGAACAAUCGUUCGAAGCAAGGAUAAAGUACUUAAACCUGUUAACAAUGAACCUAUUGUUGUUGAAAAAGGAGUCCAUGGAACGAUCGUCAUGGUGAAAAGAGCAAAGCAUUACGCUUUUCUCAAACGUAAUGAUAAUAAUCAAUACAAAGACAUAUUUGCUCGAGAAGCAUCGAUCGUCAACCAAUCUCAUCAACGAAAAAAAUUUUUCUUAUCGGAUAAAUCAAUUAAAGAUCUUGAAGCUGUUAAUAUUCAAAUAACAGAGAGAAAUAUCAAGAGUAUUUCUCAAUUGCCAAAGAUACCGAGAAAAAAAAAAGGAAAGUAA